GCCCGGAGCCGCUGCCGCCGCCCCCAGCUCCCCCGCGGUGGGGAGGGCACCAGGUAACUGCAUCCAGAGGGGCCCGGGAAAGGAAGGAGGCACUGCCUCCACUGCAGCAACUGCACCCAGGAUGCAGAGCAUCAAAUGUGUGGUGGUGGGUGAUGGAGCCGUGGGCAAGACGUGCCUGCUCAUAUGCUACACAACUAACGCCUUCCCCAAGGAGUACAUCCCCACUGUGUUCGACAAUUACAGCGCUCAGAGCGCAGUUGAUGGGCGCACAGUGAACCUGAACCUGUGGGACACAGCGGGCCAGGAGGAGUACGACCGCCUCCGUACACUCUCCUACCCUCAGACCAACGUCUUUGUCAUCUGUUUCUCCAUUGCCAGUCCGCCCUCCUAUGAGAAUGUGCGGCACAAGUGGCAUCCGGAGGUGUGCCACCACUGCCCUGAUGUGCCCAUCCUCUUGGUGGGCACCAAGAAGGACCUGAGGGCCCAACCUGACACCUUACGACGCCUCAAGGAGCAGGGCCAGGCGCCCAUCACCCCGCAGCAGGGCCAGGCACUGGCCAAGCAGAUCCAUGCAGUGCGCUACCUCGAGUGCUCCGCCCUGCAGCAGGAUGGCGUCAAGGAGGUGUUUGCUGAGGCUGUCCGGGCUGUGCUCAACCCCACGCCAAUCAAGCGUGGGCGGUCCUGCAUCCUCUUGUGACCCUGGCGCUCAGCUUGGAGGCUGUCCCUGCCCCCCCCCACCAGUUGUGCCUUGGCGCCUUGUCUGCCCCCAGCUGUGCCUUAAGGACUAAUUCUGGCACCCCUUGCCAGGGGGCUCCCUGAAUCCUGUUUUCUCUGAAUGCCUUUUCCCAUUAAGGAGGCCUGCAGGGAAAGGGGCUCUGGGCCCUGCCCCACUGCACUUGGGAACACCAGGUGUUCUCAUGAGCUCACCCAGGCCAAGGCUGGAUCCUGCCCCGGAGGCCAGCCUGGUGCCCUCUCCCCCUUUUCCCCCUACUGACCAAUUCACCCAGCUUUUCCACACAGGUGUUGUUGCCUAUUGUGGUGCCUCAGGUUAGGGGCUCUCAGCCAUCCCUAACAUCUGCCUUCACUGCUCUUGGAAUUGUUCCCUCCCCCCCAAGAUGCUCUCUCCUUUCCCACAGGAAGGAACCACAAAAUCCUGAGAAGAUGAACGUGCCCUAACCGGCCCCUAUGUGCCUUGGCCUUAUGCAUCCGCUGACUGACUCAGCCCCUGUGCUCCUGGGGGCCUUUCCUACCCCCAUCAGCAUCAAUAAAACCUCCUGUCUCCAGUG